AUAAAUUAAAAAUCAAAAUGUGUAAAAUUUCAGAGAAAAAUUGAAGAAAGCAAUCAAAGCGAAAGAUUCAUACAGUCUUGUUAUGGAAAAAGUUAAGCAAAAUAAUGCUCUAAAAAAGCAACAGACAACAGAGGCAUCAUUCGAACAUGGUCUACAACGAGAUAAGGAAAACGAAAUAGACACUUCUUUGGUGGGAGAAACAGCUCUAGUACCUAUGAACACCAGUUCUGUAGUACCAUCUGCUGGGGCUGUUGCAAAUGUUCUCGCUAGCCGUAAAGCCCCUUCAAUGCCUAAACCCAAGUGGCAUCCUCCAUGGAAACUAUUUCGAGUUAUAUCUGGUCAUUUAGGAUGGGUCCGGUGUGUGGCUGUGGAACCAGGGAAUGAGUGGUUUGCAACAGGCUCUGCAGAUAGAGUUAUAAAAAUCUGGGAACUGGGCAGUGGGCGGUUGAAGGUAUCUCUGACUGGCCACAUCAGCAGUGUUAGAGGACUUGCUGUCAGCAGUAGACAUCCUUACCUCUUCAGCUGUGGGGAGGACCGUCAAGUCAAGUGUUGGGAUCUAGAGUACAAUAAGGUGAUCAGACAUUACCACGGGCACCUGAGUGCAGUGUACACUCUGGCUUUGCACCCGACUAUAGAUGUACUGAUAACAGCAGGCAGGGAUUCAACUGCACGAGUGUGGGACAUGCGUACCAAGGCCAAUGUGCACACACUGACAGGACAUACCAACACUGUGGCCAGUGUCAUCAGCCAAGCAGCUGAACCUCAGGUAGUCACAGGGAGUCAUGAUUGUACGAUUCGCCUGUGGGACUUGGCAGCUGGGAAAAGUAUGGCAACUCUCACCAAUCACAAGAAGAGUGUGAGAUCUGUUGUUUUCCAUCCAACAUUAUAUAUGUUUGCAUCGGCGAGCCCAGACAACAUAAAACAAUGGAAAUGUCCAGAAGGCAACUUUAUACAAAACCUGUCUGGCCACAAUGCAAUAGUCAACUGCCUAGCAAUCAACCCUGAAGGUGUGUUAGUGUCAGGUGCUGACAAUGGCACCCUUUACUGCUGGGAUUGGCGGACAGGAUACAACUUCCAAAGGCUGCAGGCUCCAGUACAACCAGGAUCAAUGGAUAGUGAGUCCGGAGUGUUCUCCAUGACUUUUGACCAAAGUGGAAGCAGGUUAAUUACCACAGAGGCUGACAAAACGAUAAAAAUAUACAAAGAAGAUGAAUCUGCUACUGAAGAGACUCAUCCUAUCCAUUGGCGCCCAGAAAUUUUGAAGAGAAGGAAAUAUUAGUUUAUUUGUAAUUGCAGUUUUAUAAUUAAUUGUAAUAAAUUUUAAUUUAAGAACUUUCAUUUA